AUGAACGGCAACUGGCCUGUCUACCCCUCCAUCGAUCCAAGAACCGGUCUACCAGUUCAAUACGCCUACCCCGCCCCGCCAGCCCCGCCAGGCAGCGUCAUCUACACGCACCACGCCCCGCCGCACCCGCCUAUCUACGGACUUCCGCCGAAUCCUUACCCCUACGCCUUCUCGCCCUACGCUCCUCCACCUCGUCCCGGCGCUCCGCUUCCUCCACGCGCCACCGUCACUGUCACCCAGCCCGCCGCCGAUCCCCGCGUCCAAGUUCCGCCUCGCCAACAGCCCUCGCCUUCGCUUUCCAUCUCUCCCUCACCGACUGUCGCGUCCGCCGCUUCCAGCAGACCUAGCUCGACUGCAUCCGUCGCUGCUCGCUACGAACCGCCGGCCAGCUUCCCCCGUCAAGACUCGCCUCCCUGCGAAGCCCAGCUUCGAGACCAGCGCAAGUUCGAGCCUCCAGCGCCCGGCAUGUCGUCCGACAGCGCGAUGUACGCCGAGGCUACCCGCGACCUCCAGUACAUGACGGUCGACCGGCUCAAGAACGCGAUUCGCAGCAUCAACAACAAGCUGUUCACCAACCUGCGGGUGACGGGCAAGAAGAACGACCUCUACCAGUCCCUCCUCGACGUCGUCGUGAGCGAGUACAGCCGCCCCGACAAGACGCGCUUCUACACGUGCAAGCGGCUGAUCAGCGAAGCCGCAUCGUCGUACGUUCCCUCUCACCGGCGGCGCUCGUCCGCGUCGUCGUCGUCCACUUCCACCUCACGCACGCCCGCUCAUGACCCUGCACCGCCGACUUCUUCCAGCACGGCGCCCUACAGCUCGCCCACGACGGGUGGCGCCGGCGGCGGAUCACGCGGGACGUGGGUCUACACCGGCGGCGGCGCCGGCGGGAGCGGGCUCGGCGCGAACGGGUACGCAGGCGGGAACGACUACGGCGCCGGGAGUGCGGGAAGCUCCCCAGGGUACGGCGCUUCCGGAGCGGGAUACGGCGCGGCGUACGGCGCGGGCGUCUCGAACAGGCUUCCUCCGCCCAAGUUCGGUGCGGGCAGCGGCGGCGCAGGAGCGAGCGGGUCCGGCUCGUGGCAGAAUCAGCGUCUCGAGGAGAUCCCGAUCAAGUUCCGCCCUUCGCCUUUCUACCGCAUCGACAAGGCGCUCUCGACCGUCGUCACGCUCACCAAGGCCCCGCAGGGCGACCGCAAAGUCGGCACGUGCUCGUUCACCUUCACCGAGGCGCAGCGUGCGCUCCUCGCCAAGGCGAAGGAGUCGCCCUCGAACCCGCAGUACCAAGUUCGCCUCUACUGCACGUCCGACGUCAACUGGAACCUGCACCGGCCGACGGCGAACCAGUUCCCUGCGCCGAUCGAGUUCCCCGGGACGUGCGAGAUCAAGCUGAACGGAGUGACGGUUCCGGCGAACACGAAGGGCAUCAAGAAGCAGCCUGGGACGGCGCCGCCUGUCAACCUCAGUGCGGGCAAGGGCGCGACCGUGCUGACGACGGCGGGAUCGACGAACCGCGUCGAAGUCAUCUACAUCAACACGGAGAAACUGUACUUCCUCGUCUGCUACCUCGUCGAGUACACGCCCGUCGAAACGGUCGUCGGAAAGGUCAAGUCGGGCAAGACCAAGUCGAAGGAGGACGUCAUCAAGAGCAUCGUCGACCUGAACUCGGACGAGGACGUCGAAGCCAGCUCGUUCCGCCUCGACCUCAAGGAUCCCCUCUCGUUCCUGCGGAUAGCGAUCCCGAUCCGCUCGGCACACUGCAGCCACAUCGCCUGCUUCGACGCGUCGAUCUGGUUCGAGAUGAACGAGCAGACGCCGCAGUGGCAGUGUCCGAUCUGCAACAAGACCCUCAAGGUGGACGACAUCGUUGUCGACGGCUACUUCGAGGACAUCCUCAAGAUCUGCCCGUCGUCUGUCGAGUCGGUGACGGUCGAGCCCGACGGCACGUGGCGCUCGGACGACAACAAGCACGGCACGGCGAAGCCUCGGACGGCGCCCGCCUCUGCCGCCGGCUCUGGUCGCAACACGCCCGUCACGGCGCCCGAUCCUGGCAAGCUCAACUCGCUCAACGGCGUCGCUAACGGGAAGGGCAAGGCACGCGCGUCGUCGGCUAUGGCGAGCGAGGCGCUCACGCUCGACUCGGACACGGACGAGGACGACGAGCGUCCUGCGAAGCGGUCGAGGGUGAGCGGGACGGCGCCGACGACUGCGUCGGGAACGGGCACGCCCGCUUCGUCGGCGAGUGCGAACGGUCUCGCGAGUCGUGCGAACGAGGUGCUCGACUUGACGCUCGACUCGGACGACGACAAUCCGCCUCCUCGAGCAGCGGCAGCGGCAGCGGGCAGCCGGAGCUCGCGGCCCUGUGGGACGACCUUCGCUCGACAUGGCUCGCACCGGGUCGAGCGAGAAGAAGACGGUCGCCGAGGUGCAGGCCGACAUUGA